AUGGAUUACGAUUAUUAUAAUUACACAUUUCCAGACAUUAUUGAGCCUCAGACUCCUGAGAUUCAGCCGAUCCAGAUAGUGGCUCUGGUCAUGUACAGCCUUGUGGUCCUGCUGGGUGUGCCUGGAAAUGCUCUGGUGGUGUGGGUGACGGGGUUCUGCAUGAGCUGCUCUGUCACUUCCCUCUGGUUCCUCAACCUUGCUCUGGCUGACCUUCUGUGCUGCCUCUCCAUCCCCCUACUUAUGGUCCCUCUGGUCCAUGAUGACCACUGGCACUUCGGUCCUCUGGCCUGCAUGCUCGUAAGAGGCCUGUUUUACCUGGUGAUGUACUGCAGCAUCCUGCAGCUGGCAGUGAUCAGUGUGGAUCGUUUGUUGCUGGUCAUCAGACCCAUCUGGUGUCAGAACAACAGGCGACCCAAACAGGCUGCCUAUGGAUGUGUUGCUGUGUGGAUCCUGGCCCUGAUAGGCAGUAUCCCACAAUUUGUGUAUGCCAAGGAGAUUGAGGCAGGUGAUGAAAAGAGAGAGUGCAGGAUGGAGUACACUGGACAGAGUGCUUGGUCUGUCUCAGCUUUCCGCUUCCUGAUUGGAUUCAUCUUUCCUUUCCUGAUUAUUCUAGUUUGUCACUUGGUGGUCUACUUCAACACACAGAGGAGAAUGUCACAUGGUCGGUCCAAUAAAACACUGAGGGUCAUCAUUGCUGUGGUGCUGAGCUUCUUCUUGUGCUGGCUCCCACUGCACAUCAUAGAUUUCCUCAUAUUGACCACUCCUCGGGUUUCCAGCGCAAGACCCAAACUUCAGCUGGCACAUGUUAUAGCGCUCUGCCUGGCUUACCUCAAUAGCUGCCUCAACCCUUUACUCUAUGUGUGUCUGGGCCGGAGCUUUAAAGACAGCAUGAACCGCUCCCUGCGCAACAUCCUCCGCUUCAUCAGCGACGACCCGACCACCAAGAUGAGCGUCACUAAUAUGGACACCAAGAGCACCAGCACUGGCAAGGAGAUGACAAAAAUAUGA